AUGAUGGCCGCUUCGUCCAGCCGCCUCCCGGCGAGCCAUGACGUCAACGCCACGUGGGAGGUGCUGGGCCCGGGCAUCGACCAGAUCAUGACGCGGCUGCGCGAGGGCAUGAACAACGCCGACUACAUGAAACUCUACACCCUCGCCUACAAUCACUGUACCAGCAGCCGCAUGGGCUCCGGCUCCAGCGACCUCGGCUCCCUCGGCGGCUCGGUCGGCUCCAAGUCGGGCGCCAACCUGGUCGGCGCCGAGCUCUACAACUGCCUCAUCCAGUACUUUCAGUCCCACCUCGCCGACGUACGCAAGGGCGCAGAGGGCCUCGCAGAGGAGCCCCUGCUCAAGUACUAUGGCGCCGAGUGGGACCGGUACACGACCGGCGCACAGUACGUCAACCGCCUCCUCGCCUACCUCAACCGCCACUGGGUCAAGCGCGAAAAGGACGAGGGCCGCAAGCACGUCUACACGGUGUACAUUCUGGCGCUGGUGCAGUGGAAGGAGCACAUGUUCAAGCACGUGCAGAACAAGGGGCGGCUGGUCAAUGCGCUGCUCCGGCAGAUUGAAAGACAGCGCAACGGCGAGGUCAUCGAGUCGUCGCUCGUCAAGAACGUCGUCGACAGCCUCGUCUCGCUCGGCCUCGACGAGGCCGACACCAACCGCCAGAACCUCGACGUGUACAAGCACGAGUUCGAGAAGCCCUUCCUCGAGGCCACCGAGCUCUACUACCAGGCCGAGUCGGACGCGUUUGUGGCGCAAAACAGCGUCACCGACUACAUGAAAAAGGCCGAGGCGCGGAUCAAGGAGGAAGAGGACCGCGUCGAGCUCUACCUCCACAGCACGACGCGCGCCAAGCUCGUCAACUGCUGCGACAACACGCUCGUCCGCCGCCACGCCGGCAUCCUGUGGGACGAGUUCCAGACGCUCCUCGACCUCGAAAAGGCCGACGACCUGUACCGCAUCUACACGCUCAUGUCGCGCAUCGUCGAGGGGCUCGAGCCGCUGCGGCAGAAGUUUGAGGCGCACGUCAAGCGCGUCGGCCUCGCCGCCGUCGAAAAGGUGGCCGCGGGUGGCGGUGGCGGCGAUGGGGCGGCCGAUGCGGGGCCAGGGGCGACGGCGACGGCGACAGCGGCGGCGGCCAUGGAGCCCAACGCCUACGUCGGCGCGCUGCUCGACGCGCACCGCACCAACCUCGACACGGUCAAUGCGUCGUUCCGCGGCGAGGCGGGCUUCCUGGCGGCGCUCGACAAGGCGUGCCGCGAUUUCGUCAACCGCAACAAGGCGACGGGCGCGUCGACGAGCAAGUCGCCCGAGCUGCUGGCCAAGCACGCCGACGCGCUGCUCAAGAAGAGCAACCGCACCACGGCCGAGGCGUCGCUCGAGGACGCGCUGAGCGACGUCAUGGUGGUGUUCAAGUACAUCGAGGACAAGGACGUCUUCCAGAAGUUCUACAGCAAGAUGCUCGCCAAGCGCCUCGUCAACUUUGCCUCGGCCUCGGACGACGCCGAGGCCAACAUGAUCUCGCGCCUCAAGGAGGCCUGCGGGUACGAGUACACGACCAAGCUCCAGCGCAUGUUUACCGACAUGGGCCUCAGCAAGGAGCUCAACGACAGCUUCCGCGAGGCCAUGGCCAAGACGCACGACAAGGCCGAGCUCGACGUCGACUUUUACGCCCUCGUCCUCGCCAACGGCUUCUGGCCGCUGCAGGCGCCCACGACGGAUUUCAGCAUCCCGACCGAGCUGCUGCCCACCUACGAGCGCUUCCAGCGCUACUAUGCCGCCAAGCACAGCGGCCGCAAGCUCACCUGGCUCUGGCAGCUGUCCAAGAACGAGGUCAAGGCCAACUACCUCGCCCAAAAGUACCAGUUCGGCACCAGCACCUUUCAGACGGCCGUCCUGCUCCAGUUCAACCAGACCGACGCCCUCACCGCCGACGAGCUCCGCACCGCCACGGGCCUCAACGACGCCACCCUCAAGCCCGUCCUGGCCAUGCUCGCCAAGGCCAAGGUGCUCCUCCACGAGGCCGACAGCGACACCUACACGCUCAACACGUCGUUCAAGAGCAAAAAGAUCCGCGUCAACCUCAACCUGCCCGUCAAGGCCGAGCAAAAGGCCGAAUCGACAGAGGUCAUGAAGACGGUCGACGAGGACCGCAGGCUCCUCCUCCAGGCCACCAUUGUGCGCAUCAUGAAGGCACGCAAGCAGCUCCGACACGCAAACCUCAUCCAGGAGGUCGUCGCGCAGGUGUCCGCACGAUUCCAGCCAAAGGUCCCCGACGUCAAGAAGGCCAUCGACCAGCUCAUCGACAAAGAGUACCUCGAACGCGUCGAGGGACAGAAGGACAUGUACUCGUACCUCGCGUGA